AUGCCCGUGUCGCCCGCUGAAUUUGCUCGUGCCGUGCAAAGUACUGUAGGUGAACCUCUUGACCCAUAUAUAGUAACCUUGAUAUUCCGUAUCUUUGAUGCCAACAAUGAUCAAACCCUCAGUUAUCCUGAAUUUCUAGCUGUGAUGAAUGACAGGCUUCAUAGAGGUUUGAAGGGAAAGUUAGAGAAGCCUUGGGGAUGGAAAUUUUUCAAAAAUUGCGUCAUUAAUGAGUUGUCGCGGGCGUAGACCGCGUUUUCCGCAGAAGUAGAUAGUCUAGUCAUACGCUUCCAUGGUGGAUUUGCUCAGAAGUGCGCAGUACCCGAGAAACGAACAAAUAUAAUGUGCACAGAUUCUAUUUAUUACAAUCUUCUAUGUAGAAUACGCUUGAUAACCAUUCGGUUCAACCUGUGCCUUACAUUUUCUUCACAAUCAGUAUUAUAAAAAGAAUCUCUAUAUAUUAGUAAAAUCAAGUGAACGUGUAGAUUAUAAGUUUUACAAAAUUCAUAAAC